UCACUUUUGACAUUUGAUUUGUAGUAGUUUUACUGUUUUCGUUUUCCGCUUUUCUUUUCGGCGUACUUACAAAGUUUAUAAUUAACAUAAUUUGUACUAAUAUCUUUGUGAUAAAACAUCUGAAGUUGAUAUUGAGCAAACGAAACCAUGGCUCAGGAUCUUUCUGUUGUUGGUGAACAAAAAAUUAUAAGUCUACCGGCCAAAGAAGCGGUCCUACUGAAAGACGUGUGGAAAGACCAGAAGACGUUGGUUGUGUUCUUCCGUCGCUGGGGAUGCAUGCUGUGCAGGCUGUGGGCUAAAGAGAUAAGUGAAAUAUCUCCGGUGCUGAAGUCCAAUGGAGUCAGGAUUGUGGGUGUCGGAGUGGAGGAGGCAGGGCAUCAGGAGUUUAUCAACGGGAAGUUCUUUGAUGGAGAGUUGUUCUACGUGCAAGACCGCUCCACGUACCAGCAGCUCGGCUUCAAGCGCUUCAACAUGAUCACGAUCCUCGCCUCGCUGCUGUGGAAGCAGUCCCGGGACGCUAUAUCUAAGGGGAACAGCAUGGGCCUUGGAGGGGACACAAAGGGUGACAAAGUACAAGUGGGAGGCGCUCUGCUGAUCGACCAGGAUGGCAAGCUGCUGAGGAAUUUCAUCCAAACCGGUCCAGCCGACCAUCUGCCCAAUGAGGAGAUACUAAAGCAUUUCGGUCUCGAGAGCGAAUACAAGGCGGCGACCAUGGCCAACCAGGAGACUGACAGAGUUUGCACCAUAGAUGCUAAAGCCUAAGCCGUGGAGGGAGAUUUUCAACAGACAUCGUUCCUGGGCGCCCAUUCACACUAUAUGGACGGAACGACGGUGCAAAAGAAUUACUAAAAUCUAGCAUUGUAUUUUUAUUAUUACUU